AGGAAUUAGAUGAUUCAGAAGAAUAUGAAGAUGCUUUCAUUAUCGAUCUAAUAUUUCUUGAAAAUACACAAGCUUUAUUACAUGAUAAUAAAAGUGAAGAAAUUAAUUUAAAUGAGAUUGAGUCUAAAAAUUCUGAUUUCUAUAAAAAAACUUCUCAAGAAUAG